CCGAAAUUUUGCACCGCCACCGUGUCACAUCACUGUACUCACCGCCAGCCACGCACGAUGAACGUUCGCAAUUUGGCCGUGUCAGCCUUGCAAGCCGCCAAAUUCACAGCCAGGCGCACAAGGGCGUCGCCAUUUUCACCUGGAAUUGUUGCGGGCGCCGUCGUCGCACGGCAUGCUAGCUCAUCUGCAGACAGAGAAACUCUUGCAAAGUCCGCAGAAUUGCUUGAUGCACUCGUGGGCUCGACUACGGGUCUUAACCUCAGUGACAUACCCUAUGGAGAACCAGCCCCGCAGGCAUCACAGACAUCGGGACAGUCGACAAGCCCGGCUCUCCCUUCUGGCACCGUGGAUGACCCUCUCGCUCAAAUGUUUAUUCCCCCCGCCAACGACCCCCUGCUCGACUACCUCACGUCCGCACUCCUGAAAAACGGUCGCCGUGCAAAAGCCGCACGCCUUGUCUCACGGACACUGCUUCAUAUCCACACCUCGACGAGGGCACCGCCCCUGCCCAUCGUACGAGAAGCGAUAUUGACUGCAUCACCAGCAGUGAAGCUCGGCUCUCACAAAUACGGGACGAAAUCACUGCAAGUUCCCUACGCCUUGACCGAGAAACAACGUGUACACGCAGGAGUUAAGGCUGUUUUGGCAGCGAGCGAAUCGAGGCCUGGGUGAAAGCAAAGCGAUCGUGGAGAAGGAGAGGUUGCACAAGCUAGCCAUGGUAAACAGGUGAGUUGACCUACCCGACCGUCUGUUGUCUUAGUUUCUCAUAUUCUGUGAAGGGGUAACGUAGGUUUGAG